AUGCGCUCUGCAUGCCACCUUUACACCACAAACAGCGACGAGAGCAUUGAGCUGGCUAAGGCUGCACAUGCGAUUACCAGACGCAAUCCGCACGCGAUUCUUCUAAUUGCAGAAGGAUACUACCGUAAAGGUGACUUUGAAAUGGCUCUCAAGUAUUUUAUCAACGGUAGGAGGGUUAGAUCCUCCAUUGAGGCUUUCGCAUCCGGUAUUCACAAAUGAGAUAUUGAUCCAAAACUCUGGCCAGAGAUGGACCUUACUGACUACUAUAGCUACGCCUUCCCACCAAAAAAUGCUUCCAACAGUCAGACGUCUAGUUCAAAAAAUACGACAGUUAAUGAGAAGAUAGCGAUUGAGGAGAAGUCGACUAAGUGGCCAGAAAUGAUGCCUGCGGAGACACUGCGCAAAGUCUUUGGCAAAAAGUACCCCGAAUACCUCUACAUACGCGAGAUGUAUCGUGUUGAAGGUAAACGAGCCGAGUUUCUGAAGAACAUGGGAAUGUCUCACCUUGGUGACUUGCAUUUGCGCAUUGAUCGGUGCAAGCAGAAUGGGCAAAUAGUUCGAGACUGUGCAAACUGUCUUCGAGAAAAGGCGGAUCUCUGGUACAAGAUAGAUCCCAGCAUGAAACAUGGCACAUCUCUUUAG